AUGCCGCCUCCAAAGACCAUAUUCACGUCAUACGAGCGGAAUGCCCUCAAAGAUCGAUGGGGCUCACAGGCUACGCGUCUGACCCGUGACUCAUUUCUACCUUUUGGCUCCUGCCAACUAUGUCUCCUUCCUUCAGUAGACCCAGUGUGCUGUUCACAAGGCGAUCUGUUCUGUCGCGAGUGCGCCAUGACCAAUCUUCUGGCGCAACGAAAGGAAAUGAAGCGACUAGAGAAGCUGAACGAGCGCCAGAAGUUGGAGGACGAGGACCAAAAGCUGCGAGAAGAGGAGGAAGCGCGGCUGCUGGCAGUCGAGGAAUUCGAAGCUGUUCAGAUGGGGCUUUCGGUCAAAGCAGGUGCAUCAGCACGAGUCGUUGGAAGGCAAGGCAGCAAGAUCAUGGUCGAAGAAGAGCAGGAUGCCAAGGCUGGACAGGCCAGAGGCACGAAACGCAAGUUCGAAAUUGACCAAGAGGAACUCAAGCGCAUCGCACAAGAAGAGCAGAGCAAAGCAAAACGCACGUUCGACGCCGAGCGCAAAGCAGCCAAGGGUCAUCUCCCCAGUUUUUGGGUUCCCGGCGAGACACCCGACCAACACCACAAAAGCGUAGAGAAGGCGAAGCAAACGCCUGUAUGCCCGUCAAGCCACCCAGACCAACUGCACAGCCUGUCGCUGAAGAGCUUAACGAGCGUCAACUUCCACGAAGAAAAGUCGUCCGAGACGGGGAAAUCGGCUCGCACGUGUCCCAGCUGUCAAAAAGCGCUCUCAAACAGUACGAAAGCCAUGCUCGCUAUACCUUGUGGUCACGUCCUAUGCAAACCAUGCGUUGAUAAGUUUCUCCGGCCAGAACAUCGCCAUCAGCGAGAUGCACAUGAUCAAGGACCGGAGCCCGAGACUGUGCAUUGUUAUGUAUGCGAUGCGGAUCUUACGACAGCUCCAGACGCCAAGGAAGGCAAGAAGAAGAAAAAGGACAGCGAGAAAGAAAAGGCGCCCAAGCCUGGUCUUGUGGAGAUAAGGAGUGAAGGUACCGGGUUUGCAAGUGGUGGAAAGGCGAUGGUCAAGAGAGAAGGAGUGGCAUUUCAAGUAUAA